AUGGUCACUCAAGUCGGCAUCAACGGUUUCGGCCGCAUUGGUCGUAUUGUCUACCGCAACGCGGUUGAGCACGAUGACGUUCAGGUUGUCGCUGUCAACGACCCGUUCAUCGAGCCCAAGUAUGCUGCGUACAUGCUCAAGUACGAUUCAACCCACGGCCAGUUCAAGGGCACCAUCGAAGUCGGCUCCGACCACCUCAUCGUCAAUGGCAAGAAAGUCAUGUUCUACAUGAAGAAAGACCCUUCCGAGAUCCCUUGGUCCGAGACCAACGCCCACUACAUUGUUGAGUCUACCGGCGUCUUCACCACCACAGAAAAGGCCUCUCUUCACUUGAAGGGCGGCGCGAAGAAAGUUGUCAUCUCUGCUCCCUCUGCUGAUGCUCCCAUGUUCGUCAUGGGCGUCAACAACAAGGAAUACAAGUCCGACAUCCCUGUCAUCUCAAACGCCUCUUGCACAACCAACUGCCUCGCUCCCCUGGCCAAGGUCAUCAACGACACCUUCGGCAUGAAGGAAGGUCUCAUGACCACCAUUCACUCCUACACCGCCACUCAGAAGACUGUCGACGGUCCUUCAGGCAAGGACUGGCGUGGUGGCCGUACCGCCGCUCAGAAUAUCAUCCCUUCCAGCACCGGUGCUGCGAAGGCUGUCGGCAAGGUCAUUCCCUCUCUCAACGGCAAGCUCACUGGCAUGUCUAUGCGUGUCCCUACCGCCAAUGUCUCCGUGGUCGACCUGACCUGUGUGCUCGAGAAGCCCGCCAGCUAUGAGGAGAUCAAGAAGGCCAUCAAGGAUGCAUCGGAGGGUCCGCUCAAGGGCAUCCUCGCUUUCACCGAGGACGAGAUCGUCUCCACCGACCUGAAUGGAGACAACCACUCUUCCAUCUUCGAUGCGAAGGCCGGUAUCGCCCUCAAUGACCACUUUGUCAAGCUCGUCUCUUGGUACGACAACGAGUGGGGCUACUCUCGCCGUGUUCUGGAUCUUCUCGGUAUGUAUCAUCCACGUUCGGGAAAUAUCGGAUGA